AUGCAAAAUCUAAUCUCUCAAGUAAAAUGCAAGAUGCACUUAGAAAAUGAGGUGCAAUUUGUUUGCAUGAGUACAGAAUGUAUAGCCCCGAAAUUAUGCUGCUUAAAUUGCCAAGAAAUGCAUGAUAUGCACCAUUCCCUUUUGAAAAAUUUAGAUCAAGCUUGGGAAGAAAUAUUAUAACACAAAUAAAAAUAGAACGAAGUCUAAAAAGAUUUCGAGAAUUUAUGGUCAUAAAUGUCAGCCUUUCUUACUCAAUGGGAUCGCAUAAUAGAUUUUAAUAAGCUUUUAGUGCGAUUGGAGAAAGAAUUAACUUAAUCAUUGACUUGUUAAGAACUUUUAGAUAUGAUCUAAAAAUAUGAAGAUUUGAGUUUCUUAUUAGAGGAGAAAGCCAAAAUGAUCAAAAAUAAAUAUUGUCAUUUUGACAAGGAUAGUAAAUUAGAAGUGGAUGUAAUGUUAGCACUAUUUAAUGAAGCAAGAUAAUUAAAAAAAAAAGGAGAUAAGAUAAAUGCUAUUGAUAAAUAUUCCUAAGUGCUGGAAAUGAAUGAAAAUUUUAUUGUUGCCAGAUUAGAUAGAGGAAAACUGAAUAUGGGUUAGAAUUAUGAGCAAGCAUAAUUUGAUUUUGAAGAGGUCUUAAAGCAAGAUGACCUUGAUGUUAGAGCUCUAAAGGGAUUAGCUGUCUGUCAAAAAAUGAAGUGCAAUUAUGGAGAAGGUUUAUAUUAUGCUUUAAGAGGUCAAAAAUUGAAAUAAAUAUCUCCUCAACUACAUUUUCACUUAGCUGAUUGUUGCAAGUUUGAAGGUAAAAGUUAAGAAGCUUUACACUUUAUCAAUAUAGCAAUUGAGUAGAAAAAAAGGAAAUAUGAGAAUAAAAUGAAAAUAUUUUAUAAAAAUAAAGCUGAAAUUCAUUUAGAACUAAAUGAUUUACAAAAUGCAAAUAUAUUUAUAAACAAAGCAUUAGAAAUUUAUCAAAAUUAUGAAUUAGCAAUAAACAUAAAAGAGAGAAUUAAUAAGAUAGCAAGAGCUUAGAAUGUCAUAUUAUGAAAAAUUUAAGUGCUACCAUAGAUAUUGAAAUUUUUAAUUGAUUAAAUUUCUUAUUAAAAUAAAUGAUAGAUAGUA